AGAACGUUGUGACAGAGUCCGGCCGCCAGCGACCCCGCUGCCGGGAGGCCACUGCGCUCCCCGGUCGCGGGGCCUGAACGGCGCCAACACAGGGUUCCGUACUAUCCACAUUUCGGAAGGGGGCCUAUCAAGCCUUCCGCAUUUUCCUGGGGCUCUUUCCCGGGCGGUGACGUGACGUGCUGACGGCGGGCCCGUGCCGGAGAGCUGGGCCGCUUUUUGUCAACUCCGAGCUCGGCCCCUCCUCCCUCCCUCCGCCCGCCCCACCAGCCGGAGCCCGGCCCAGUGCUCCAGAGAAAGGCCGGCCUGCAGCACCCGCUACCGUCGCCGGCCACCCGAAUGCCAGUCCGCUGGGAAAGACAUAGAAGAGCUCUAAAGAAGAUAGAAUUGUAUGCUGCACUUUAUGCACAGUACAGCAGCAGCAGACGUUCCAGUACAGCAACAGUGGAUUUUCAAGAUUAAGAUUAAUUUAGAGUCGAAUGUAUAAUUGAGGCAGCUGGUACCAAUUCACCUGUGGCCUGGAGAACCUAAAUACACUGUGAGAAUUAUUUCUGCAGUCAGAAGGUCAGUUAAGAUAGGUCACUUAUAAGAUACACAGAAAUGUCCAAAGAGUGUUUACCAUUGUUAAUGAUUUUUGAAUUUCUAUCAUUUUAUAAUCUAGGAAGGAAGAUUGCAGACUACAUUACAUUAAAAGGUGUAGUAAAAUCUUGCUGAAACUCCCCAAUACAAAUUGUGUUAAGGUGAACAUGAAAGAGUCAUUGGAUUGCUGGUAGAGAAGAGGCAAGAGGGAGUCAUCUGGGGUAUAAGAAAUGUUGUGUAUUGUGAUCUGAAUAAUGUUACUAUAAGUUUAAAUAUAUACUUAAAAGUAUAAACAUUUAUAUAUAUAAAUUAUUAAGCAGAACACUCAAGAUAUAUGUUCUUUAUGUAAGUAAUACUGUAAUUAAAACAAAAAUUCCCAAACACAGUUAACUUGUUUAACUCCUUUUCACCCAUUAAAUGAUACAGCUGCUCAUACAUCAGUAUAAAUCAGAUGUUCCCUUUUAUUAUAUUUGAUAGGGUUUGAUAAAUUAAAUUUGAACAUUUCAGAAAUGUGAAGAUCAUGAUGACAUUUUAAGUAUGUGAUAUAAUUAAUAUUUGGUGUACUUUAUUUCCUGGCUUAGGAGCUGUGACUAAUGAGAAUCAAAGGCCAUGGAUGAAGAUGAACUUGAAUUGCAGCCACAAGAGCCAAACUCUUUUUUCGAUGGAAUAGUUUUUCAGAACACUUCACAUACAUUCCCAUUUUGAUCAUCACAACAGUCCUGUGAGGAACUGAUGCUACUACGCACAUGGAUGGUGAUCAGAUUGUUGUGGAAGUUCAAGAAACUGUUUUUGUUUCAGAUGUUGUGGAUUCUGAUAUAACUGUACAUAACUUUGUUCCUGAUGACCCAGACUCAGUUGUAAUCCAAGAUGUUAUUGAGGAUGUUGUUAUUGAGGAUGUUCAGUGUUCAGAUGUCUUAGAAGAAGCAGAUGUAUCUGAAAAUGUCAUCAUUCCUGAGCAAGUGCUAGGCUCAGAUGUAACUGAAGAAGUUUCUGUAGCACAUUGUACGGUCCCAGAUGAUGUUUUAGCUUCUGACCUAACUUCAGCUUCAAUGUCUAUGCCAGAACAUGUCUUAACAAGUGAAUCUAUACAUGUGUCUGAUGUUGGACAUGUUGAACAUACGGUUCAUGAUAGUGUAGUAGAAGCAGAAAUCAUCACUGAUCCUCUGACAACGGACAUUGUUUCAGAAGAAGUAUUAGUAGCAGAUUGUGCCUCUGAAGCAGUCAUAGAUGCCAAUGGGAUCCCUGUGGACCAGCAAGAUGAUGACAAAAGCAACUGUGAAGACUACCUUAUGAUUUCCUUGGAUGAUCCUGGCAAAAUAGAACAUGAUGCUUCCUCUGGAAUGACCAUGGAUGUAGAGUCAGAAAUCGAUCCUUGUAAAGUGGAUGGCACUUGCCCUGAAGUUAUCAAGGUGUACAUUUUUAAAGCUGACCCUGGAGAGGAUGACUUAGGUGGCACUGUAGACAUUGUGGAGAGUGAGCCUGAGAAUGACCGUGAGGUUGAAUUACUUGAUCAAAAUAGCAGUAUUCGAGUACCAAGGGAAAAGAUGGUUUAUAUGACUGUCAAUGACUCUCAGCAAGAAGAUGAAGAUUUAAAUGUUGCUGAAAUUGCUGAUGAAGUUUAUAUGGAAGUGAUAGUAGGAGAGGAGGAUGCUGCAGUAGCAGCAGCAGCAGCAGCUGCUGUGCAUGAACAGCAAAUGGAUGACAAUGAAAUCAAAACCUUCAUGCCAAUAGCAUGGGCAGCAGCUUAUGGUAAUAAUUCUGAUGGCAUUGAAAACCGGAAUGGCACUGCAAGUGCCCUCUUGCACAUAGAUGAGUCUGCUGGGCUUGGCAGACUGGCUAAACAAAAACCAAAGAAAAGGAGAAGACCUGAUUCCAGGCAGUACCAAACAGCAAUAAUUAUUGGCCCUGAUGGACAUCCCUUAACUGUCUAUCCUUGCAUGAUUUGUGGGAAAAAAUUUAAGUCAAGAGGUUUUUUGAAAAGGCACAUGAAAAACCAUCCCGAACACAUUACCAAGAAGAAGUACCACUGUACUGACUGUGAUUACACUACCAACAAGAAGAUAAGUUUACACAACCACCUGGAGAGCCACAAGCUCACCAGCAAGGCCGAGAAGGCCAUCGAAUGUGAUGAGUGUGGGAAGCAUUUCUCUCAUGCUGGGGCUUUGUUUACUCACAAAAUGGUGCAUAAAGAAAAAGCCAACAAAAUGCACAAGUGUAAAUUCUGUGAAUAUGAGACAGCUGAACAAGGGUUAUUGAAUCGCCACCUUUUGGCGGUCCACAGCAAGAACUUUCCUCAUAUUUGUGUGGAGUGCGGUAAAGGUUUUCGUCACCCGUCAGAGCUCAAGAAGCACAUGCGAAUCCAUACUGGGGAGAAGCCGUACCAGUGCCAGUACUGCGAAUAUAGGUCUGCAGACUCUUCUAACUUGAAAACGCAUGUAAAAACUAAGCAUAGUAAAGAGAUGCCAUUCAAGUGUGACAUCUGUCUUCUGACUUUCUCAGAUACCAAAGAGGUGCAGCAACAUGCUCUUAUCCACCAAGAAAGCAAAACACACCAGUGUUUGCACUGCGACCACAAGAGUUCGAACUCGAGCGACUUAAAACGACACAUAAUUUCAGUCCACACGAAAGACUACCCCCACAAGUGUGACAUGUGUGACAAAGGCUUUCACAGGCCUUCCGAACUCAAGAAACACGUGGCUGCCCACAAGGGUAAAAAAAUGCACCAGUGUAGACAUUGUGACUUUAAGAUUGCAGAUCCAUUUGUUCUAAGUCGCCAUAUUCUCUCAGUUCACACAAAAGAUCUUCCGUUUCGGUGUAAGAGAUGUAGAAAGGGAUUUAGGCAGCAGAAUGAGCUUAAAAAGCACAUGAAGACACACAGUGGCAGGAAAGUGUACCAGUGUGAGUACUGUGAGUAUAGCACUACAGAUGCCUCAGGCUUUAAACGGCAUGUUAUCUCCAUUCAUACGAAAGACUAUCCUCACCGUUGUGAGUACUGCAAGAAGGGGUUCCGACGACCUUCAGAAAAGAACCAGCACAUAAUGCGACAUCAUAAGGAAGUUGGCCUGUCCUAAUAGUCUUUAUACAGACAUUUGUGGAGAUAUUGGCCCUAAAGCAGAAAUCUCAUUUUAAAGCCAAUCAGUCUCAUUCACAUGCAAUACUGUAUAUCAGUUUAUGCUGUGUACAAAUAGAAUUAUUGCUUCUAGACAACUUUUCUUUACAUUUUACUAAAUAGAGUGUUCUGGAUCCUAUUCAGUUUGUUCAGUGGCAAAAAGUAGCAACAAUGAAGUUGCUUUUAAAAAUGAAUCUCUGAUGUUGUACUUAACUUUUUCAGUCUUAGAAGUUAUACUAUUCAUAAAUAUUUAUUCACAUUGAUGGUACUCUUCUAAGACCACUUACAGAUUAAAAACACACAGUUGGUUAUUCAAAAAGUAAUUAUUUUCACUCAUUUUUCCCCAUAAAUUUUUUAGAUUAAAUACAAACAUCUACAAAUAGAAACAGAUUGUAUUCUUGGGUCUAAUCAUUACCUGAAAGUAAUUUCCUUGUCUUGCUUAAUAUUUUCAGACCACAUGACAGCGAAACUUUCCAUUUGAGUCUCUAGCAUUGCUAAAUACAGAACAUUUGCUAGUUUUAUGUUUAAUUUUCAUUUUAUUUAACAAACUAGGCUUUCUUGUGACUUUCUCUGUCGUACAUCUUUUCUCUGCAUAGCACCCUUUUAGAAAGCUGUUGAAAGGUUUUGCUUUUUCCUGUUUGUUAUUUUGCUUUUACAUAGUUUUGUUUUGGAAUACUUGUGUUCUACAAAUGAGACUUACUGAGUUUUAGAAUCUUAGAGAUAAAGGCCAGUUCAUGGGAUAUUUUGCAACUGCAUCUGUAAGUGUGCUACAGAUUUUAUAUGUGCCUAUGUGUUGCUUGUUUUACAUAUUUACACACACAAUCCCAAAUUUAAGUAUAAUGAAAAGUAUUAAAUGCACAGUAAAAUGAAAGAUCCAGGGAUAUAUGAAAGAACAUUUUACAAACUUGCUAUUCAGACAGAUUAAGUUAACUUGAAGCAAGAAUUAGAAGGAAACUUAAGGACAGUGGUAUUUUUAAAAACUGAAGUAUUUUCUUUUAAGUCUGUUUGGUAAUUGAAAAGAGAAGGUAUUUCUAGAUAAAAUAUUUUUAUAUAAUUUUAGCUUCAUACUUCUGAAAAGCAAAUGAAUAUCUAAACAUAAAUCUCAGUGCUCAGUUGAGAAGCAUGUAAAAGAAACAUCUUUUUACAAUGUAGAGUAAGAUUAAUGGCUCCAGAGGAUGGCUGCUAAUUAAAAUUGACAAGGUUAGCCUGGUUUUUUGUUGUUGUUUUACUGUUUCAGUUAGCAAACUUGAAAAAGAUUUAAUAUUCAAGUUAGCUUUGAUUAGAAGUUAAAGAUGUGUUUAAACUACAUAAUGAAAAUGUUAAACUUUAUUCGGAAUAGCACCAAGCCUUUUACAGCUUUUGUUUUUUGUCAGUUGGCAUGUUUUAAGCAGUCAGUGAGUCAUAAACCUAUAAAAUGAUUUCAGA